CCCCGCUGCCAGGCCGGGGCGCGACGGGACGCGCUGGGACCGGCGUCGGGGGGCGCGGGCGCGGCCCGGGGCGGGGGCGGCAUGGAGCGGAGCCUCUCUGCCUUUUGCCAUCCUGACGCUUGUGAAUGCACCAUAUAAGCGAGGGUUCUACUGUGGAGAUGACUCCAUCCGGUACCCCUACCGUCCGGACACCAUCACCCACGGGCUCAUGGCUGGGGUCACCAUCACAGCCACCACCAUCCUUGUCUCUGCCGGGGAGGCGUACUUGGUGUACACAGACCGCCUCUAUUCACGCUCCGACUUCAACAACUACGUGGCAGCCGUCUACAAGGUGUUGGGGACAUUCCUGUUUGGGGCCGCGGUGAGUCAGUCGCUGACAGACCUGGCCAAGUACAUGAUCGGCCGUCUGCGGCCGAACUUCCUGGCGGUGUGUGACCCUGACUGGAGCCGUGUCAACUGCUCUGUGUACGUGCAAGUGGAGGUGUGCAGGGGGAGCCCCGCCAACGUCACCGAGUCCAGACUGUCUUUCUAUUCCGGACACUCCUCCUUUGGGAUGUACUGCAUGAUGUUCUUGGUGCUCUACGUGCAGGCACGGCUCUGCUGGAAGUGGGCGCGGCUUCUGCGGCCCACGGUGCAGUUCUUCCUGCUGGCCUUUGCUCUCUACGUUGGCUACACCCGCGUGUCUGACCACAAGCACCACUGGAGUGAUGUCCUUGUUGGCCUCCUGCAGGGGGCACUGGUGGCCGGCCUCACGGUUCGCUAUGUCUCUGACUUCUUUAAGUCCCGGCCCCCACAGCGCUGCCUGGAGGAGGAGGAGCUGGGACGGAAGCCCAGCUUGUCACUGACGCUGACCCUGGGUGAAGCUGACCACAACCACUAUGGGUACCCGGUCUCCUCCUCCUGAGGAGGGGCCUGUUUCUGCCUCAGCAUGUUUGUGGUCCUGGCAGGGACCUCCACUAGGGUGGUGGUGAGGGCUCCGGAUGGGCUCCAGGUGCCCCGUGCUGGCCGCUGGUGGGCGUUGUGCUAACCCUGCCUCCUGUGCACUGGACCAGGGGUCUGGGGGUGCACAGGGCAGCCCCAGCGUUUAGAAGAGGGACUUUGUCCUCUUAGCUCUCUCAGAAACCUCCUUUGUUGGAUUAGAGGGGGACCGAGAGAUCCAGCUAGAUGCUGUUUUUGUAAAGUGUAAUGUAUAUGUGAACUUUCAGUAAAAUAGAGUGUGUGCUCGAUAGA